AUGGCAACUAAAAUUGCAGAUUUUUCUUCGUCUUGUAAAUUCAAUUGGAGGAUCGAAAACUUCUCAAAGUUGAACGCUCCAGGUGGAACUCUUUCUGAUGUUUUCUCCGUUGGUGAUUUCGAGUGGAAAGCACAUAUCUAUCCGAAGGGAAACCGCAGAGUGUAUGAUCAAUUAUCAUUGUUCCUUUGCCCUAUCGACUUGACAGAAUCGGUGGACACAAAGUAUAGUUUUACAGUUACUAGUCAAACUGAUCCCAAAAACAAAGUGAAAAAAGAAUUAACAAAAGAAUUCCAUGUUGAGUGUUCUAAAGGCUGGGGAUGGAAAAAGUUCAUGCUUCUUAGUGAGCUUCAUGACCCUGACAAUGGAUAUCUCGUGGAUGAUACUUGUGUCAUAACAGUUGAGAUAACUUGUACGGCGAAAGACGAGUUAAAAGAUAAGAAGAGCAGCCCAGACAAGGUUGAAAAGGAUGAGAAUUUUGAUUUUGCUAUUAAUGCUAUGGCUCUCUUGUUUAUGUGUUCGAUGGCGCUAGGCGCAUCGCUACUUGCUCGCCACUAA